AUGUCCCUCCCCUCCAAUAUCCACAUCUCCACCCACCCCUGCCUCCAGGCCAAGCUCUCUCAGCUCCGCUCGCAGAAUACCACCCCGCGCGAGACAAGGGCGCUGGUCGAGGAGAUUGCCUCCAUCCUGGGUGUGGAGGCGUUUGCUCAGGGACUGACAUUGACCAAGACGGGGACUGAUCGCACCCCGCUCGGUGUUGAGUAUGAAACCUCCAGUAUUGAUCCAGCUGAUUUGGUACUGGUGCCUAUUCUACGGUCGGGACUGGGCAUGAUUGAUGCUAUAAACGCCCUCCUCCCAACCGCAGUCCCAAUCUACCACCUCGGCCUCUUCCGCGAACCCGUCGGCCUCCAACCAGUAGAAUAUUACAACAACCUCCCCUUCCACAAAUCCGCCCUCUCCCCUUCCUCCCCCGCAUCCACAAACCCAACCGCCAAUACCGCCGCCUCAACUCUGGCAAUCCUGCUAGACCCCAUUAUCGCCACGGGAGCUACUGCCGAUGCAGCUAUCCAGACCCUCCGUGACUGGGGCGUGCAGCGGGUGAUUAUGUUGAGUGUGUUGGCUAGUGUGGAGGGGGUGAAGAGGGUGGCGGAGAGUUGGGAGGGGGUGCAAGUUUGGGUGGGCGCGGUGGAUGAGAAGGUAAAUGAGAAGGGCAUGAUCGUUCCAGGUGUGGGGGAUAUUGGGGAUCGCUUGUUUGUUGCUCUUGGGAAGUAG